CGUGACGUCAUGGUGGCAUGAAGGGAAAAAAAAGUGCGGCUCCUUUUUUCCAGUCGUCAGUGCGUGCGUCUGCACUUCCUGCUGGGAAAAGGCCGACCACUUAAAUGGAUUCUGGACAAUAACAGGAAGGAGACGACUCUUGAUAGAGUUUCUGAUAAGGACUCAGGAGGAACUGUUGGAGCGAAGUAUGCACACAAGCUAACAAAGAGCAGGUUCCUGAGCCCGCACAAUGGAGGAGGCUUACAGGGAACUGUACCAGCAGUUCAUUCACCUGAGGUCCCUUUGUAUGAAACAGGCUGCCAUGUUGCACCAGCUCACAACAGCCCUGCAGAAGCAGCAAGGUGCUUCCGUUCCCACUGCAGAUGUGAGUGAACUCAUGUCCAUCCCGGUCCAGUGUUCCAAAGCGAUGCCGGUUUACCCCCAUGAAGCUCCUCAGCCAGGACCGCCGGCGGCUCAGACGCCUGCAGAACAGUGUGGCUUUGAUCGUUUUUCAAGGAACGUGGGGAUUUUCUCCGACGUCCUUGCUGAAGAUAUGUCCAAGCUGCGUGUGGAUAUUCCUCUGCAGAGAAAGGAGGGCAUGAAGGUGGAUCCGAAAUCUCCAUUUCUACUCUCCCUGGACUCCUUGAAAAGCCAUGGAGCCUUGAGCAGUGAAUCUAAACAUCAGAAACAAAGUCCGACUCAUGAGGAGAGCACUCUCCCCAGACGACAGAUGCCGGUGACGGACGGUCCCUCCCCGGGUGGCGUCGGUGGUCGUGGUGACCAUUUCUGCCCGUCUGGCGGCGUGCUGAUGUCGGACGUGGCGCUGCAGUCUCACGUGUGUGAAUUCUGCGAGGCCGUCUUUCCAGGAGACACCACGACCAGAGGAGAGUUCCUCCGGCAUCUCUACACUCACGUCACCUAGUCCCAUCUUGUCCCAUGAUGCUGCAGUGAACUCUCCUUUGUCAUCAUUUUAAUUGCAACUUUUUAAAGUUUUUUUUUUUUUUACCUGAUUGAAUAAAUCUUUUCAAUCAAUGAAGGAAUGUUCAAAUGUUUAAACUUACAUCAAGUGUGAAGCUCAGACUGUCAGGACGGAGACGACUCAUGUUGUUAUCCGUCCACCCAAUCAUCUUUAUUAUGGCUUCCUCUAAAGGGCUUAAAGAUGAACUUUUGAUGUUUACACGAGCUAAGAAUUUUUUUGUUUGUUUUUUACAUAUUUUUUUUACAUUCAUAUUCAUGAAAAACUACUCCUGUGAAAUCUGUGGAAAAACUCUCUCUGUGAUCACAAUUGACUGUCUAGUUUUUGGAAAAUGUUCCAUCCAGCAAUGGAUGCGAACUCUAAACAUACAUUGGAUGCUCCUGGAAAUCAUUACUGAUUACUGCCAUGUUUGUGAGAUAUUGAAGUUUACUCCUGGUUAUGGACGGUUCGGUAUGCAAGUCAUACAUAAUAUGAUGUGCAGACAACAUUCACCUCAACUGUAUUUGUCAGUAAUAUUCUGAGUUGUUUUGAAGGUUAGAGAGUAAUAAACUUCACAUGCA